CAUCACUCUUUCUAUACUAACUAUGUGUGGUAUCUUUGCUUAUGUCAACUAUUUGGUCGAGAGAGACCGCAAGUACAUUGUCAACUCUCUACUGACUGGUCUCUCGCGUCUGGAAUACCGAGGCUACGAUUCAGCUGGUAUUGCUAUUGACGGUGACACUGAAGGAAAUGUUUUGCUAUUUAAGCAGGUUGGCAAAGUGGCUGCUCUCCGUAAAAAGAUUGAAGAACAAAAGGAUCUUGACACAGACAAGAUCUUUGUUGCCCAUGCUGGUAUGGCUCAUACUCGCUGGGCUACUCAUGGUGUACCUUCCGAAAAAAACUCGCAUCCUCAUCGCUCUGACCCAACCAACGAGUUCACUGUUGUGCAUAAUGGCAUUAUUACCAACUACAAGGAACUCCGCACUGUUCUUGAGAAAUUUGGCUUUGUGUUCGAGUCGGACACCGAUACCGAGUCUGUUGCCAAACUUGCCAAGUAUAUUUAUGAUACCCAGAAAAAAGUCAUGGGCCCUGCUCUUACCUUUUACGGUUUGGUAAAGGCAGUGUGCAAGGAGCUUGAAGGUGCUUUUGCUCUAAUCUUCAAAAGCACUCAUUUUCCCAAUGAAAUGAUUGCUGCUCGUCGUGGUUCUCCAUUGUUGAUUGGUGUCAAAACUGUCAAGAAGCUCAAGGUUGAUUUUGUGGAUGUAGAUACCGAGGUUCCAGAUCAAAUUAAUGAUGACAGCCAGUUGCUCAUGCCUGACCAACCCAAAAUCCGUCGAACUCAUUCUCGUGCUUUUCUUGGGGACGAUGGUGUCGUGUGUCCAAUUGAAUUUAUUCUUGCGUCGGAUGCCUCGGCCAUCAUUGAGCAUACUAAAAAAGUUUUGUAUCUUGAGGAUGACGAUGUUGCCCAUAUUUGCGAAGGAGAUCUUCAUAUUCAUCGUCUUCGCCGUGAUGAUCAAAUGUCGUCUGUUCGCCCCAUUCAAACUCUGGAACAAGAGCUUGCUCAGAUCCAAAAGGGAACAUUUUCUCAUUUCAUGCAAAAAGAAAUUUACGAUCAGCCAGAAUCUGUCAUCAACACCAUGCGUGGUCGUGUCAACUUUGACGACUUCCGUGUUGUGUUGGGUGGUCUUCGGUCUCAACUGGCCAACAUCCGUCGUUCUCGUCGUAUUAUUUUCUCAGCCUGUGGUACAAGCUUCCACUCGUGUCUUGCUGUAAAGUCCAUCUUUGCAGAACUCACUGAGAUGCCUAUUGCUGUUGAGCUUUCUUCCUCUUUCCUUGAUGAGCAGCUUCCUGUUUUCCGUGAUGAUGUUUGUAUUUUUGUCUCCCAGUCUGGCGAGACCAAAGAUACACUUCUUGCCCUACAGUACUGCAAGGAACGUGGUGCUCUUUGUGUCGGUGUGACCAAUACAGUCGGCAGUACUCUUUCUCGUGAGACCCAUUGUGGUGUACACAUCAAUGCUGGACCAGAAAUAUGUGUUGCAAGUACCAAGGCGUACACAUCGCAGUUUAUUGCUCUUACCAUGAUUGCUCUUCAGCUUUCCGAUGACAAUUUCCAAAAGGUAGCUCGUCGUUCAGAGAUUAUUGAAGGUCUUUUCCGACUCUCUGGAGAUCUUAAAAAGACUUUUGCUCUUGAACCUCAAAUCAAGCAGCUUGCUUUGAAACUCAAGGAUGCACGCAGUCUUAUUCUUCUUGGUCGUGGAUAUCAAUCUGCAACUUGCCUUGAAGGUGCACUCAAAAUCAAAGAAGUUACAUACAUUCAUGCCGAAGGUAUUCUUGCUGGUGAGCUCAAGCACGGUCCUUUGGCACUCAUUGAAGAGGCUAUGCCCAUUAUUUUGCUCAUGACCAAGGAUCGCCAUUACUCUGACUCGGAGAAUGCUCUCAAGCAAGUGACUGCACGUGGCGGAAAGCCCAUUAUUAUAGCGCACGACACUGACAAGACUUCACUAUUUGAUAAUCUGGAGUCGUUGCGUGUCCCCGUCACAGUGGAUGCUCUUCAACCCAUUGUCAAUGGACUCCCUCUGCAGCUUCUGGCGUACCACUUGGCUGUUGCUCGUGGUAUUGACCCAGAUUCGCCUCGUAACUUGGCCAAGUGUGUUACCACUGCUUGAUAUGAAUGAAGUAUCCAUUUUCCAUUUGUCUAUUGACAUAG